AUGAGCUUGGACUUCAGGGGUCCGUCCGGCAUGUCGGGGGGCGUCAACAAGUGUUUCUCCAUAGAGGCUCUGGUGGGGAAGCAGCGGCAGCGGCCCGCCUCGGACGAACCUAUCCGGCCCACCGCGCUCCGUUUCCCGGAGGCCCUGCAGCGGCACCCCGCCGCCGCCGCCGCCGCCGCCGCCGCCGCCGCCGGGCUUCUACUACCGGGCUUUCCUUGCGUCAGGGCCUCGGACUGGCCCGCCGGAGCCCACCUUGGACUGCACGUGUUCGGCCGGCAGCAUCCCCCCGCCUCAGCCUGGAUUUUCCACAAUCAGCAGAGAUACGCGCACGCACUUGCAGGUGACGACGGCAUGGGAGGCCCAGAAAACCUCCUGCUGCACGGCACUUUCUCUCGGAAAGCCAAACGCAUCCGCACGGCGUUCUCUCCCUCGCAGCUACUGCGUUUGGAACGAGCCUUCGAUAAAAACCAUUACGUGGUCGGAGCGGAGAGGAAACAGCUGGCCUCGGCGCUCUGCCUCACCGAGACGCAGGUGAAGGUGUGGUUCCAGAACCGCAGAACCAAACACAAACGUCAAAAGUUGGAGGAGGACUCACUGGAGGCCGAACACAAGCGCUCCAAAAGCAACCAGCACGUCAACAGGUGGCGAGCCGCCACGCAGCCGGAACCGGAACCGGACCCGGACCCGGACCGACAGCGCCACGUCACGGGCCGCGAUUGA